AUGCCGGAUGGAACAAGACCAGAAAUGCAUUUACCUGCAAGCAGCGCAAUUCGGUCUAAUUUUGUUGAUAAAUUUCUUUCUUUAAGGACUAAUUCAAUUCCUUUUGGUCUGCCAUCAGAAACAUUCACCAAUCCAAGAUUCUGUCGUCUCUCGUUUCAAGUUGCAAAAUCGGAGCUUGAUGAUAGUAUUUGUAAAGCAGAAAUACGCAUAGCACCUGGUGCACCAAAUGCUUUACGUCAACGCUUACCACCACCAAUUAAUACAAUAUCAACAACAUCAUCAUCAACGAGUCAAAGUCUCAAUGCAAAGCAUCUUACUCCGUAA